AUGAAAAAUCUGCGGUCUGAUAAAAGUACUUGGAAUGCUGUAAAGCAGCAAAUGGCCUCAAGAUCAAGAACCAAGAAAAUAGUACAAUGGAAAUUAAUGCAGUUUAUUUGGAGGCACAAGCAUGCUGGAAAUAUUUGGAUAGGUCUAUUACAAACUUUGGCCAGAGUUUCUGUUGUCAGACAAAUAACAGAUAAUAAUAUCAGCUUAGAACAACAACUUUUGCUUGAUCUUGGUCCAGACUAUGAAACCUAUUUCACAGAAAAUAAAUCAUCUUUUUCUGAAAAUAAAAAUGAUAUCAGUAGUGAUAGUAAUAAUACUAGGGAUAGUACUAAUGACAGUGAUUUUAUUUUGUAA